AUGAGUAGCGAUGAGGAAGAAUAUGAUACCGGAAAUUUUCAUUGUGCUCAUAUAAUCACAGAAAAUCAUAAACAAGCAAUCUAUGGAAUUAGUAUUUGUCAACAAGCAAUACCAGAUGAAAACGAAGCAGCAUUUUUCUUCGCUACUUGUGCUAUAAAUCAAAUUUGUAUUUAUAAAUAUACUAUUGUUAAUAAGAAAUCAUCCGCAAAACUUAUUCAAAGUUAUUCUGAUUCCGAUGAUAAAGAAUAUUUUUAUGAUUGUAAAUGGACAAUGUUUGGAAAUAAAACAAUAUUAGCAGCCGGAGGAUUACGUGGUGUUGUAAGAAUUAUUGAUGUUGCUCAUCGAAAUUAUUUAAAACCGCUUCGUCAUUUAGGUAGUGUUAAUCAAAUUUCAUUUGCUGGUAAACAAUCAACAUUAAUGGCAUCAGCAUGUUCUAAUCAUACAGUUGCUUUAUGGGAUGCUGAAGCAGCUCUUUGUUUAGCUACUUAUGGUGGACCUGAUCAACAUAGUCAAGGAAUACUAGCUGUGGAUAUGAAUUAUGAUGGUACAUUCAUUGUAUCCGGUGGUUUGGAUAAUAUUAUAUGCGUAUGGUCAACACAAGAUAAUGAAAUACUGGAAAAUAAAGCUAUAGCAAAACGUGGACCUUUAUUUAGAGAAUUUAGAUUAACAAAACCACAUCGUAUUUAUUUUCCGAUAUUUCAUUCGACUACAAUGCAUGAACAUUAUGUUGAUUCAGUUAAAUGGUUUAGUGAUGAUAUUAUUAUCAGUAAAUCUGCUGAUCAUAUUUAUUGUAUUUGGAAAUUUAAUGAGAAUGAAAAAGAGCCGAAUAUUUUAUUUCGAUGGAAUCGAGCAGAAAAUGAUGAUAUUAUAUUUGAUGUUCGACUUGGUUUAUCAAUCGCUCGAAAGAUGUUGGUUAUCGGUCGACUCGAUGGUUCGAUACUUGUUUGGAAUAUGACAACACUUCCUGUUCAACCGAUUAAAUUAACACAUCGAGAGUCUCAAGUAAUGAUUCGAAAUCUUGCUUUUACGCAUAAUGGUCGUGGAUUAGUCGGGUGUAAUGAAAAAGGUCAAAUAUUCAUAUGGAAACAAGCCGAUUAG